AUGGCCCGUUUCCUCCGUGCUAGCGUCAAUCGAUAUUGUUUCCUAUUUGAGUAUGUAAAAUCGCAGACCGGCUUGAAAUAUUCACUUCCCGAGACUGUUGUUAUGGCAGCAGCGCUUCGUGGACUUCGGUUCAGCUACGAUUGUUCCCUCAUCGCGAAAGAAUCGGUACUCUGGGGAGAUAGAUGGACGUCGACGCAGCGCGUGAGAGUUGAGGGUGGGGAAGCGCGGAUCGUCAAGGUAGAGCGAGAAGGGCUAGGUCUGAACAAGACGUCUAAGUCGCACGGAUUUGGCUGGUGGCUACCAGGGAAGUUUGACUGGAAUACCUGGCGGUUCGCUUCCGAUGUUGGCGAUCGACUCGCCGUAGGUAACGACCUCCUACGCCAGGAUUACAAGCGUCAAUGGAGAGUCCUCAAGGAUAUUCGAGACGUUCACGUUCGCAUGUGGCAAGCCCAGAGUUGGCUAGGGCGAUAUCGAGUGCAGGACGACGCGGCGGCAAAGAGACUGUGGCUCGAAUACCUGCACUCCACAGUCAUCGAGCUCUUUCAGCGGGAUGUCUGGCGUGUGGCCUUGAAGAGUAUUAGCUGGAAGACGGGCUCUGAUGUGACGGACGAGGCGUCGAUGAGCUAUCCAGUGUCUAGUCCACCAAGCUUAUGCUACGAUGGGCUAUCGAACCUGUUUCACGACCGUCAACGUGAUGUGAGCCACACGAGACCGCACCUUGUCGCCGGAAACAAAAUACGGUCGACAAGCAUGAAGGAUCUCUUUGAUGACCUAUUCUCGCCGAGCUCUACUGGCACGGCUAUGAAGCGUCGGAGAGGGUGGGCUUCGCUGCCCUACCGUAUCGCAACUCGUCGAAGCAUCGAGCUCGUGGAGAUGGGUCUUGGGCGGCGGCCGCAACACAGUGACACAGAGCUUCUAACGACGACAAAGGAAAGCCGGGCUACCAAUCUCAAACGCCGGCUUACCUGGGCCUCGAUUAUCCAUAAUACCCCAUUGGAUAAGUCCACAAGGCACCACGAACCAGCUAUGCCAACGCGAAAAGUCAACGACGUAGAUCGCCACGUCUCUGUGCAAGAUAAUCUAUCGCAGCUAUUAUCAGAGGUAUGCAAGCGUCGUUUCGGCAUCACUGGGUGGGUGAAUAGCUCAGAUAAUGCAAAGCCGUGCUACCACUGGUCUGCCGGGGAUUUAGUCAGGAGCACGCGUGACUGUAUUGACAUUGAUGCACUUCAACUUGGCCGUGCGGUUGAGGCGUACAACAGGGGUUGUAUCUUUCCCGUCGUAGAGAGAGGCCAUCCGCCCCAACUACGGAUGGUUACACGCAUCCGGGAUAAGACUCUAGAUGAACUCAGUCGAUUGUUCGAGGAACUGUUAGAGGCAGGCGAUGUCGACCCCAGCUCUCCAGUUGCGAGCAUCACACCCGAAAUCGGACAAUCUCGCAUGUUUUCGCGUUCCGCGACACGACAAGCCGAGCAAGACGCUGCAAGAGAUCUGGCAGCACAGUCACGAGGAUGUCGUUAUCUGCAGCUACUAGCUAGGAAAUAUCCACGAACAGCGGAUGAGCGGGAAAGGCUCCGGAGAUAUUUCCGACGGCGUGGCCGUGUACGAGCUGGCAAGGCUGUUGCCAAUACGGAUUCGAUCCAUUCAGGCGACACGAGUUUAACCGCGCAGACAGAUGAAACGGAUGGGUCGUGGAGGCCACAAAAACGUUUGAGAAAGGCAGUCAGAGAUCAGAUGACAGCCAAGCUAGAGUAA